AUGCGACUACGAUUGGAGUACCGGUUGGACCUGUGGAGUGAUCUCCGCGUAGCCCUGAAUUCACAGCAGCAUGCAACGAAAAAAAUUGACGUAGAGACAAAGGGAGGUCAGGAAACGGGGAAGCAGAGUUCUCAGUGGUAUGCACGUCAGUGGCUCGCUUUUCUCGAUCUGCACGGCCUCGACCUGCACCACGCUAUGCAUGCUCUGCGCCGGCGCCUCUCUCUUCUCGAAUCGGGCUGCGUCUCAUCGGAAACCCUCCUGCCUCCUGGAGUCGCCAACGUUGUUACGGCGAAAUCCUCCAGCGAAGGCAUCAGGCUACCUAACUACUGGCUCCCCAAGCGACUCACCGUGAUCACUGGUUGGGGCUCUAGCUCACCUCGUCUCAGCAACCGUAAACCCAGCUCUACUUUGCGUCACAACGUUAUCAACUUUCUCCAUUCAUCUGCCUAUGACUUCGAGGAGAUACCCUUCAGUGGCUCUGGUAAAUUCGAGGUUCGACUUAGGACCAAAGUACACUAA